UACAUCGAACGAUCAUAAUAUAGCUAAUUUUCGUCCCCUACCAGGCCAUUUCAGCAACGUUGACGGCGACCGGAGCGAUCUCAUACCUUACCAUAUGGUUGAUUCCUGGUCCAUCGUCUCCCGAAUUCAGCUGAAGUAGAAACAUUUGCUUGAAGCAUUAUUCCAUCUUUCAAAGUUGCCCAUUUUUACCAACCCUGCCGGAACAUUAAAUAUCUCGCGAUGCUGUGCACGAUGAAGGCAAAUUCGGCGAGAAUAUAUCUGUGGGCAUCUCUUGUGGUCCUACUGGUUUUUCUUACUUGGGAAGGACCAAGAGGCGGGACCUUUGUAGGAGCCGAUACUCCUGCAAACUGCAGCUUUGAAGAGAUCGAAGGAAGAUGGAAGUUUCUCAUGGGCCCGAGUACUGAGAACAGCCGAGUUAACUGUUCGAUGCCCUGGAAACCCGUGAAGACCUGGAUUGUGAGUCUUCGAUUUCCUGACCUUGCAAUCGAUGAAACUGGUAAGUUCCUACAAUUUAGCUUAUAUCUUUAUUUUCAUUACAAACGUUACGAUCAACUAACGGACUCUUAAUUGUUAUUUCGAGCAAGU